CUCUCUACAAAUCCCUUCUCCCCCUCUUAAAACCACCUCUCUCUCUCUCUCUCUCUCUCUCUCUCUCUCUCUCUCUCUAUGUAUCUAUCUAUCUAUCUAUCUAUCUAUCUCUAUCUCUCUUAAGAAUAAGAGAAGUGUAGUGUUUUCGAAUGCGCGAGUGAAGUUGUUUUCAUGGCCCCGAAAACUAGUCGAGGCAAAGGAAACAAAGGAAAAGGAGAUAAAAAGAGAAAAGAAGAGAAAGUUGUUCCUAGUGUCAUUGAUAUCACAGUGGUCACUCCCUAUGAAUCCCAAGUAACACUCAAGGGAAUAUCCACUGAUAAAAUACUAGAUGUGAAGAAGCUAUUGGGCUCUCAUGUGGAAACAUGUCACCUCACCAAUUACUCACUCUCACAUGUGGCUCGCGGGCACCGGUUAAACGACGGCGUGGAAAUCGUUUCGCUAAAGCCAUGUGUACUUAAGAUCGAGGAAGGUAUGUUUUUUUUUUAUGCUGCAUUAUUUGUUUUCUAUUUUCAUAUUCCGUUUAGUAAAUAGUGGGCGCAAAUUUUUCUUUUUU